GAAUGUCAACAAAUUCUGAAUAGAGGCGGACAAAUUGGUUGAUUUGACAGUACGCUGUUAUAACUCAGAGCACGAAAAUAAAAUGGUGCCUAAAAGAAAAGUGAAAACUGAAGGCAAACCAUCGGACAAAAAGCAAGGACCAGGAGGCACAACAAAAGUGGAAUGCGCCGUACAUUCAACAUCUGAUGAUAAUUCUGGUUUAGAAGAAGCAUUAGAUUCUUCAAAGUACUCCAGCAGGAAACUGAGCAGCAACUGGAAAAAAUACGACGACGAAGUUAAUUUGGUGUCUGAAUCGAGAGGUCUAAAUUUUUCAGAUUUCUCCAAACAAAAGCCAACAACCAGCACAGAUUCAUACUUUAGGUUUUCUAGUGAAAAAAAUUGGGAAGUGCUUGACAAGUUUGAUGAUUAUUUUAAAUUAAAUGUCAAUGAUCUAUGUAGAGAGAUUAUGUGUUUACCUCUCCAUGAGAGGCUGAAAUUAGAACCGUGUUUGUUGACAGCUGAACAAAUAGAAAUGUUUGACAGUGAUGCCAAAAUGUAUGAAAGUCGAAUGAAAGAACCUCUGGCUCCUACUAAAAACAUAACUGGGAAGAUGUUAUCUUUAUUAACAACUGGAAUUGAAUCUAAAGAUGAAGCUAAAUCCUGCAGCACAGGCUGGCAUCAUCCAGAUGAAGAAUUUGCUGACAAGCAGCAGAAGACGUGGGAUAACAACUGUGAAAAUUUUUUUAGUCUCAGUGGUGUUGAAGAAGAAUUAGAUUUAAUAUUAGCAAUGCCAACAAUGGCAUUACCUUCCAAUGCACCUGAUGUUUCAUCCAACACAGAAGAUGUUUCGGAAGAAUCAUCUGUGAUCCACUCUAACCUUGAACUUCAAAACGAUUGGCUUGAUUCACUGUUAGACGAGGACUGAUCCGAUUUGAAACCAUGGCUAUGAAUAGUCUUACGAAAUGUCUUAAAUUUAUUCAUAAAAGAAUUGCAUUUUGCUAACACGAAAACAAAGAAAAUAUACGGGCCAUGGAAGUUA